GUGUGUACUGGCCAGUACUUCGAAGAAUGCACUGGGCCUUUGCUUUAUGGGUGAUACGCUUCAUCUUCAGUUGAAGGCGAAGGAACCGAAGCAGCUUCUCUCCAUCACGCCGAUGCGCCUGAUGAAGAUGAAGGAUCGCCCACGCGACGGCGAGAGGCAUCCUUUGCAGGCACCAGCAAGCGAAGGAAUGGUCUGGCAGUGGCUUCCCUACUCGCCUGGCGGGCCUCCGCUGCACUCGCCGGGUGAAUUCUCGGUACCCAUUGACCAAGGCGAAGUAGAUGCCAUCCUCGCAGCGGCGGAGAACGGGCAACCA